UUUUUUAAUAUUCCAGCAUUUUGGGUCAGUCCCCCUUGACAGAGGUCCUCUUCAGUGCUCCCUGGGGGCUGGAACUCUGUAGACAAACAUUAACUUAGGGAUAGAUACUGUUUAUUUAUGUUCUAUUUCUUCCAUUUGUACUGCAUCUACCAUUUGAUCAACAUGAAAUCAUCUCUGACUCUGCUGUGUCUGGUGGUAUGGCUGAAUGUGGAUGCUUCAUCAGCUCAGACUGAAGUGAAAUGUAAUUUAUCAUUACCACCAACAAGAGGAACCAGUUACACACCUGCUGGCAGAAAUCUGUUCUUGCCUGAUGAAAGGCUGACGGUGACCUGUACCUCAGGAUUCUGGAACUUUUUCUCACGUCGGACUGAAGAUAUAAUAACAUGCAAAGAGGACGGAGAGUGGUCAUCUUCUACAGAUUGUGAACUGACAACAUGUGGUGAUCCACGUGACCCUCUUGUGAGUUCUCCCUACCGCUGGCAGCGGGGUCAAUUGGGAGGAACUCAGCAUUACAGCUGUAGAACCGGAUUUAAAACCACAAAUGCCCGGGGUGUUGCCACAUGCACAAGUGAUGGCUCCUGGACUCCAGACCCACUCUGUGAAGAGAUAACAUGUGACAAGCCAGAUAUCCUAAAUGCUGUGAUUAAAGACCCUAAAACGAGAUACAAAAUCAAUGAUCCGCUCACUUAUGAGUGUAAGAUGAAUUAUGAACUAUUGCACAGUACUGCCAGACCUACUGCUACCUGUACAACAAAUGGCUGGACCCAGACACAUGGCUGUAAAGAAAUAGAGGGAGCAUGUAUCAACCCACCUGUGAUGAAUGGAUUCAUAGUUCAGUCAAAUGAGAGGAAUGUUGAUCCCAGGAAAAGGAAGAUAUACUAUUCCUGCAAUGUAGGGUUCAAACCCUCUACCGGGGGUUGGUGGGGUGAAGCCACAUGUACUGAGGGAACAUGGUCUGGAAUAUUAGAGUGUAUUGAUCAAUCACAAUGUGGCAGAAUCCCUGUCAUUCCCAACACAAAAAAGGUACCUCACAGUGAAGUCUAUAACAAUAAACAAACUGUUACAAUUGAUUGCAAAGAUGGAUACACAUCUGAAAAGAUGACUAUAAAAUGUAAGGAUGGAGAAUGGCAAACACCGUUACCAGCUUGUAAACCGCAAGGCGUUCCAUGUGAUCCUCCACCUAAAGUUGAAAAUGCAAUUGUUAAAAUCCCCUAUCAAAAUAAAUAUAUAGAGGGAUUUGAAGUGAAUUAUGAAUGUCGCAAGUCCUUUUGAAAUAGAGGGACUAAAAAACUUACUUGCGAAAAUGGGAGUUGGACAACUUCACCACCAACAUGCAAACAGUACUGUGGUAAGACUGAGGGCACAGGGAGGAGAAUGGAGAUUCCUGAGCAAGGGCUAGAGAGAUACGAGAAUGGGAACCAAAUAGACUAUAAGUGCAUCAGCCCAUACAAAGGCCCUGGAGGAAAAGCAACUUGCAAGAAUGGAGAAUGGCACAUGCCAAUUGAGUGUAAAGCAAGCUGUCCUGAUCCCCCUCCUAUGAGUAAUGGAGAUUUGCUUUACUUCUUGCCUCUGGUGAUCUCAGCUUACUGGACGUGAUAGCAACUGUCUUGUUGGACGAACAUGUAAAUGAAUAACCCCUGUCAAUAGUUUGCUCCAAUUAUUUUCAGAUUGGUGUUUCAUGAUUGUCCAACAUUAAAUAAAGUGUCUCUGGUUCUAAUUUACUCAUCUACUCUUUAGUUCAUCUGGGAAUAUUAUCAUCAAGUAUUUUGUUACGAUAUUGAAGCAGCCAGACAAUAUCUAUUAAAAUGUUCCCGUAGUGUUCCUACUACAUCACAGUCACUGAGUGAGUCCUGAACAUUAAGUCAGGAAUAUUGUUCUUCAAUUCUUAUACGCAAGAAAACUUUGAAUGUAAUGUUAUGAAUGUUUUGUUGAGAUGGUAGGCUAAUUUUCAGCAAACCUUGGCAUGCUCCCAAGGUGUAGCAAUUGAUUUUGGCCCUCCCGUGUUGCUUCUGGAAAACAUGCCUUCAUGGGAAAUUGUGAUAUUGGCUUGCUGGAACAAACAUACUGAAGGCCAUGUCAAUAGACAGUUAACCAAAUGUAUAUAAGGCUUAUGGAAGUACAGUAUUUGUUGUUCAACAUGUUUUGUUUCAAUAAUGACCAUAUAAAUGUUUUAAUGGAGCCUAUCAGCAUUCAAACUAACUGUAGCCCCCAAUGUCUUUCUAGCUCUAAACUAUCCUCAACCACAUGCUUUAACCUCACUGGUAGAUGUGGCUAGCUCUAAACUAUCCUCAGCCACAUGCUUUAACCUCACUGGUAGAUGAGGCUAGCUCUAAACUAUCCUCAGCCACAUGCUUUAACCUCACUGGUAGAUGAGGCUAGCUCUAAACUAUCCUCAGCCACAUGCUUUAACCUCACUGGCAGAUGAGGCUAGCUCUAAACUAUCCUCAGCCACAUGCUUUAACCUCAUUGGUAGAUGAGGCUAGCUCUAAACUAUCCUCAGCCACAUGCUUUAACCUCACUGGUAGAUGAGGCUAGCUCUAAAUAUACAGGGUGCAGAGAAUAUUGUAGAUACAGGAUGUCUUUAUUAUGUAGUUGAACAAUAUUUCAUCACUAGUGGAAGAGCAAGUAUAGUAUAUUAUAGUAUAGUAUAAUAUAGUGUCAGGAUUCACCUAGCGGUCAUGAUUUGGGCCGUACAAAUGUUUGAUGUAUUAGAAUAAUUGAUUAUGCGUAUGUUAUAUUAAUAGAAGGGGAGGGGUUAUAAGACCCCCUAACAUAUUUGCAAAAGGGUUUUCUAAUGAUCAAUUAGCCUUUUAAAAUGAUAAACUUGGAUAAGCUAAAACAACGUGCCAUUGGAACACAGGAGUGAUGUUUGCUGAUAAUGGGCCUCUGUACGCCUAUGUAGAUAUUCCAUAAAACAAAUUCUGCCGUUUCCAGCUACAAUAGUCAUUUACAACAUUAACAAUGUCUACACUGUAUUUCUGAUCAAUUUGAUGUUAUUUUAAUGGACCAAACAUUUUCUUUCAAGAACAUGGACAUUUCUAAGUGACCCCAAACAUUUGAACAGUAGUGUAUGUUACCGCACACUGUAAAAACGAAUUGCCUAACUCAUUAAAGAAAUUGAGUAGUGGCUACUCAAACAUCUCCAACGGUCAGUAGAACUCAAAUCAUAAAAGUUGUACUAACUCAGAUGUCAAUAAGAUCUCUUAUCACUUAAUGUUUUUGAGUAUUGUUUACAAAUAUUAGGUUAAUGAGUAAAUGUAACUUUAUUAUUUGUGUUCUGCUACUCUGAAGUUGAGUUUUUGCAAGUUAUGAUGAUUUAAUAUUUUAAAGUCAAUCUAACAUUUCUUAAAUAAGAUGUUCUUGAUUCUAUUAUGUUUUACAUCUUUACUUAAUUUCUGACUACUACUUUAUUAUCUUAAUAUUUGAGUAAAAAUCACAGAUUUAUCUACUGUAUCUGUGUUGUGCUGAUAUAGAACGGGUAUUUAAACACUUUGGACUUUAUGAUACUUUUACACAAUGUUUUAUGCAUGUUUGAAGAAAGAAAAAUAUAUUUUUGUAAAAAAUAGUAUUAAGCAGGUUGCUAUAAUGUGUAAUUGAUCAGGAUGUCAGUACAGGAUAUCAAAAACAUCUGGCAAAUUGACGUUCAAUAAUGAGACAAGCCAUUCCAACCAUCAACAAGGUCGUGUGCACCACUCUUAAUGACAGAGGUUAAUGCAGCUUCCUGUAAUAUUCACAGCUCUACAUCCAGUUUCUGCUAGAGAAAUGAGAACUGUUCUCAACAAUGACUGGUUACAUCUCUACCUCCAGUUACUGUUAGAGGAAUGAGAACUGUUCUCAACAAUGACUGGUUACAUCUCUACCUCCAGUUACUGUUAGAGAAAUGAGAACUGUUCUCAACAAUGACUGGUUACAUCUCUACCUCCAGUUACUGUUAGAGGAAUGAGAACUGUUCUCAACAAUGGCUGGUUACAUCUCUACCUCCAGUUACUGUUAGAGGAAUGAGAACUGUUAAAGGAAUGAGUUCUACAACCAAUUCCUUCGAUCUCAUGGCUUGGUUUUUUACCUGACGUGCACUAUCUUUUUGAGACGCAGUUGGUAAACGUUUGAUGGUGGAACAGCCAUUUCCCCCCUGUGAAGGUAAACAUUUCACUUUAGCCAAAACUAAGCAAAUCACUUUAUCGCCAACAAUAUGUACCUUUAGACGUUACAUCAGGUGUGCAAAUGUUCUAUUCAGCAAUUUAGUGAUUUUAGACGUGACUUGUGAAACUGCAGAGAGGAUUAAUAAUGUGAAUGUGAUAGGAGUUCUCCAAAACAACAGCACCAUGAAGUAUAGACACAGGCUACAGUUUGAGUGCAGCAACCCAGACACGUUCUGAAGGGGGUCGUAAAGCUUCAGCUUACAUGAAGAGAUGGGCUCUGGCUUGUUGGACAAACAUGUCAAUGGAUAUAACCCCCGUCAAUAGUUUGCUCAAACUAUUUUUUCUGGGGCUUGCAUAAACUAAGGAACAUUGAUAUCACAGGAGUUGUUUUUCAUGUCAGUCCGAACUUCAAUAAAGUACCUCUGGUUUUGAAUACUCAAUUAUUUUGUCUGUUAUUAGGGGAACAGUAUUAUACUAGACAUGGUCAGAAACAACAACGGUGGGGAUAAAGCAUCUCAUGGCAGGAAGUGGUCACAGCACAAGGCUCUUUCAGGUGACAUCAGAUGUUUUAUUUACAGCAGUAGGCAGUCAAAGUAAAUAUUUACAGAAUGGAUUCAAGAAUCGCUCCGGUAUAUUUUCUGUUUGGCAUGUGCAAAUUAGAUCUAAAUCACGUCUUUCUAUAACCAGAUGCUUCACACACACACCUAUCUAGACAGUUAAAACGCCACGUUACUCACCCAUUGUCAGGAGACUUCUAGUGUUUUUCUCCCACAGAGGUUUUUAGAUCAUUAACAUGGGAUAAUAGUAAUAGGUCUACAUGUUCUUUAAUUCACCCUUAUUCAAUCCAUUAACCUACAGCCUAAAUGCUUCCACCGUGUGGCCACCAACCAUCAGUGUAUACACCUUGCAUCAUGUCUUCUUAUUGAAUCAAAUGUUAUCAAAGACAACUCAUGGAGCUUUUUCUAGAUAGAAUCAAAACAUUAACAA